CGUGAAUCAACGCGCGUAUAUAAAGUGACCUUAGAGAUGAUGAGCUUCAGUUGACACUAUUCUUGUUCGACAUACACGUGACAAUCCAGCAAUGUUGAGAUACGUUUUCGUUGUUGUUCUGGCCGUAGGAGUGCUCGGGGAGUACCAAGUCACGGAAGAACAUAAGCAGCAGGUCAAAAAUGCCAUCGAGGAGGUCUGCAAGAAGGCUAAUGCUGAAGACAAGGCGACAGAAGUCCAGAAUGCCAUUAAUGCGUUCUCCGAUUGUCUGAAGGGUCUCUUCAACGUUGACCAAAUCAAAGCCGAGAUCGAGGAAGCCAAGCCAAAUGGUGCCCUAGACGAGGUCUUCAAGAAGUACUGCGCGAAAUCAUCUCAGCUGAAGACGUGCAUCAACACCGCCAUCACCGGCGUGACUCCGUGCGUGCCGACCGAGUACCGCGUGCAUCUGCCAGCAGCGACCAACACCACCGACCAGCUCAUCGACUUCGUGUGCUACAAGGACGGCGACCGGAUCGCGUUGUUCAUCGCUGAGAAGGGCCCCGAGUGUUUCACAGAAAAAUUGAAUGACAUGAAGGCUUGUGCUGAGACCCUCAAGGAUAGCGUCGGCUCCGUCGAAGCAGCCAAGGCACUUUCAACUGAAGAAAAAUGCAAAAAGCUGGAUGCGCUGUCAGCGUGCGUGGUAACUAAACUGGAGGCCUGCGAAAACCCUACGCCCGCGAACAUGGUAGAGUCGCUGUACAAAUUCAUCAAGAAGGCGUCGCCUUGCAACACGAAAUAAGGAGAAGAAGCCAACGAGACAGGCUGUGAUAUUCAAGAAUGCAAAAAUGUGCCAUGAGAUAAAUAAUCAAAAUUUAAUAAGAACUUCUAAUUUUUA